GAGUCUAACAUUAGCUACUACUGUAUAUUUAAAUUAUGGGUAAAAUCAAGCAUAAAAGAUAUCUUCGUUCUAGUAAUUCCAAACUAAUGAUUAAAUGUCCUAUGUCUGGAAAUGAAGAUGCAAGUAAUAAAUUAUCUGAAAAUUUGCAAUUUAAGGCUGAUGCUGUAAAUAGCAAUAUUUUUCGAAAUGUUCCUAUUUCCUCAAAUAUUUUUAAUCAGAAGUUACUAGAUGUAGAACCUGAAAAGAAAAGUCCUUCAAAAAAAACUUUAAAAAAUCUUAGGAGGAAAAUGCAGAAAGAAUCUUUACCGCUUGUCACUAGAAGAUUACUACAGGAAAAAUAUGAUAAUCUGAAGCAAAAACAGACUAUUCUUGAAAAUUAUGAUGCAAUGAAAGAUGCUCUGUGUUCCCUAGAGAGCCGUGAAAAGGAGAGGCUUGAAGUAGAGCAAAAGAAACCACGAACUUCUAAACCAUUUCAAGUACAACAGGUUGAAAUGAUGCGAGAUAUGAAGACAUACCAUGUAAUCUUACAAAAUCAAUGCUAUGUAAAAGAUCCUUUUCAGACAAUCCUAUCACUUGUAAUGCGAAAAGUGAUGUCUGGAUCUAUUUAGCUGUAUUUUUCGUUUCGUAAAUAAAAUGCAUAUAUCUCAGAA